AUGGCGGAUCAACUCAGCAGCGGCAUGGGCAACCUGUCCAUCGACCAGCCUCCCUCGGGCCCCCAGAUGGGCGGCCAGGGCCAGAUGAGGCGCUCUUACAUUCCUCCCCACCUUCGCGGCAAGAUGGGCGAGGCUGCUCCUCCUAUGGCUGGCCCUCCUGCCGGCGUGAACGGUCUCAACAACAGCGCUUGGGCUGGUAACAACACCUAUGACGCUCGUGGCCCAGGCGGCGGCAACUGGCCCGCUCCCGGUGGCCCCGGUGGCCCCGGUGGUCCCCCCGGCCCUGGCUUUGAGGGCCAGCAGGGCGCUGGCUGGGGCGGUCCUCGUCCCCAGGGCGGCUUCAACCCCAACGCGUACCGCGGCAACGCUGGCGCUGGCGCUGGUGCCGGUGCCGGUGCCGGUGGCGGCAACUUCAGCAACCGUGGCUCUGGCGAUGGUCAGUGGCGCGAUGGCAAGCACAUUCCCGGACCUGCCAACCCCCGCGUCGAGCGUGAGCUCUUCGGUACCCCCGACGACCCGUCCAAGCAGCACACCGGUAUCAACUUCGAGAAGUACGAUGACAUUCCCGUUGAGGCUUCCGGUGACAACGUGCCCGAGCCCGUCCUCACCUUCAGCAACCCUCCUCUGGACAACCACCUCAUUUCCAACAUUCAGCUCGCCCGCUACAACGUCCCCACUCCGGUCCAGAAGUACUCCAUCCCCAUUGUCAUGGGUGGCCGUGAUUUGAUGGCUUGCGCCCAGACUGGUUCCGGCAAGACUGGUGGUUUCCUCUUCCCCAUUCUCUCCCAGUCUUUCCACACUGGUCCCUCUCCCAUUCCCGCCAGCGCCGCUGGUGCUUAUGGUCGUCAGCGCAAGGCCUACCCCACCGCUCUCAUUCUUGCUCCCACCCGUGAGUUGGUCUCUCAGAUCUACGAUGAGGCUCGCAAGUUCGCCUACCGUUCGUGGGUCCGUCCUUGCGUCGUCUACGGUGGUGCCGAUAUCGGCUCUCAGCUUCGCCAGAUCGAGCGCGGCUGCGAUCUUCUUGUCGCUACUCCUGGUCGUCUUGUCGAUCUCAUCGAGCGUGGCCGUAUCUCCCUCUGCAACAUCAAGUACCUUGUCCUUGAUGAGGCUGAUCGCAUGCUUGACAUGGGUUUCGAGCCCCAAAUUCGCCGUAUCGUUGAGGGUGAGGACAUGCCCAAGGUCGACCAGCGCCAGACUCUCAUGUUCUCGGCCACCUUCCCCCGCGACAUCCAGAUCCUCGCCCGCGAUUUCCUCAAGGACUACAUCUUCCUGUCCGUUGGUCGUGUUGGUUCCACCUCUGAGAACAUCACCCAGAAGGUCGAGUACGUUGAGGAUAUUGACAAGCGCUCUGUCCUUCUCGACAUUCUCCACACCCACGCCGGUGGUCUCACCCUUAUUUUCGUUGAGACCAAGCGCAUGGCUGAUUCGCUGUCCGACUUCUUGAUCAACCAGAACUUCCCCGCUACUUCCAUUCACGGUGACCGCACUCAGCGUGAGCGUGAGCGCGCUUUGGAGAUGUUCCGCAACGGUCGCUGCCCUAUUCUGGUCGCCACUGCUGUCGCUGCUCGUGGUUUGGAUAUUCCCAACGUCACCCACGUCAUCAACUACGAUCUCCCUACUGAUAUCGAUGACUACGUCCAUCGUAUCGGUCGUACCGGUCGUGCCGGAAACACUGGUAUUGCCACUGCUUUCUUCAACCGUGGCAACCGUGGUGUCGUCCGCGAGCUUCUUGAGCUCCUCAAGGAGGCUAACCAGGAGGUUCCUGCCUUCCUUGAGACCAUUGCCCGCGAGUCCUCGUUCGGCGGUGGCCGUGGCGGUCGUGGUGGUGGUCGCGGCGGCGGUCGCGGUCGCACUCAAACUGCCGAUUACCGCAAGUUCGGCGGUUCCGGUGGUGGCGGUGGCUUCGGCGGUGGCUUCGGUGGUGCUCCCGCUAGCGGCGGCUACGGCGGUGGCGGCUAUGGUGGUGGUGCUCCUCCCGCCGGUGGCUACAGCGGUGGUGGUGGUGCUGGCUACGGCGGCGGUGGCGGCGGCGGCGGCGGCUAUGGUGGCGGCGGUUACGGCAACCCUGGCGGUGCCGGUGGCCAGUCUUGGUGGUAA